AGGAGCCAUGACCUCCUUCCCCUCUGGAGGACACAGGGCAGCCCUCCUUUUAGUUUGUUGCCAGGACCUUGAGAGUUGGGGCCAGAGCAGCAGGAAGAGAGAGAGCUCAAGCAGGGGGAGCGGCAGGCAGAAGGAGAGGGAGAAGCAGACUCCCCACGGAGCAGGGAGCCCGAUGCGGGGCUCAAUCCCAGGACCCUGAGAUCAUGACCUGAGCCGAAGGUAGACGCUUAACUGACUGAGCCAUCCUGGCGUCCCAUGUACUGUGUAGCAUCUUACCUACAAGACGAUGAAACUGAGGCACAGAGAGGUUAAAGAACUUGCCCAAGGUCACAUAGCUGGAAAUGACUUAGAGGCCUUACAAAUACAUCUGUGCAUUCUUGCUUCAGACUUUACAAUUGAGGGCCAACCCAGUCUUGGAAGCACCUCUCAUUACUGUUACAAGGAAACUGCUACCUCAGCAAACAGAAGGAAAGGAGGAGAAGACUUAUAAGAACAAAUGCCAUUUUUAAGAAAAACACUUGUUUUCAGAAAACGUUAAAGGAAACUUGGAAAUUUUUUGCAUUGAGAAUAAGAUUUACAGGUGAAUGGAUUUGGCAGGCGGGCUCUGUCAAACUCUGCAGCAGUUUGAUCUUCCUUCCUAAGGACUUAGUGUGAAGUAACUGUACUGCUUUUUGAAUUGCUGUUGAUCAGCUUGUGGGUUUUUGGGUUCUAAUUUUUCUGGUAUAUUGAAGAUACAUUAUAUUACAUUAUAUUACAUUUUUUAAAGUUAAGUUAUUUUUCUGCCAUUGUAAAUACAAGUAUCGAAAUAUUCUUGCAAUGAUAGGUAAACAUUUUUCUCCGCAAGCAUAUCUUUUUAUUAAGAGAGCGGAAUGCUAACAGUUCUUAUACAGCAUUUUGGACACACUUUUAUUUUUUUGUCAGAGGUCUCGCCUACCCUGAAAAUAUUACUUACAUAAACCCGUCGUUCUCCCAUCGACGUUGGAUCACACGGUCACCUGCCUCAUGGAAAUGCCUUUUUCAAAACUUAGAUUUGCAGAACUCCACUAUUUUUAUACCUAGCUACAGUUUCGGGGGGAAGAAGAGGAAUCCGAACCGUGCCCCACCCACUGGGACAGCUCCCCCUCCCGCAUGUAUUGCUGCAGUGCCCAGGACAGUAAAAUGGACUACAAGCGGCGCUUCCUGCUUGGCGGGUCCAAGCAGAAGGUGCAGCAGCACCAGCAGUACCCGAUGCCCGAGCUGGGCCGAGCGCUGAGUGCUCCCCUGGCGUCGGCGGCCCCCGCGGCCCCCCUGGGCAGUCUGACCGCUGCAGGCAGCUGCCACCAUGCCAUGCCCCACUCCACGCCUAUCGCCGACAUCCAGCAGGGCAUCUCCAAGUACCUGGAUGCCCUCAACGUCUUCUGCCGGGCCAGCACCUUCCUCACAGAUCUCUUCAGCACUGUGUUCAGGAACUCUCACUACUCCAAGGCAGCCAUGCAGCUUAAAGAUGUGCAGGAGCACGUCAUGGAAGCAGCCAGUCGGCUGACUUCAGCCAUAAAGCCCGAGAUCGCCAAGAUGCUGAUGGAACUUAGCGCUGGGGCCGCAAACUUUACAGACCAGAAGGAGUUCAGCCUCCAGGACAUUGAGGUGUUGGGGCGAUGUUUCUUGACAGUGGUGCAGGUCCAUUUCCAGUUUUUGACCCAGGCCUUACAGAAGGUCCAGCCGGUGGCUCACUCUUGCUUUGCCGAGGUGGUUGUGCCAGAGAAAAAGAACAGCGGUGGCGGCGGCUUCUCCAGCAUGAGCCACACGCCUGAGUUGGAGGAAGCUGUGCGCUCCUGGCGGGGGGCUGCUGAGGCAACAUCCAGACUGAGGGAAAGAGGCUGCGACGGCCACCUGGCAGGCAUUGAAGUUCAGCAGCUCUUCUGUUCUCAGAGCGCAGCAAUUCCUGAACACCAGCUCAAAGAACUGAACGUGAAAAUUGACAGUGCUUUGCAAGCUUAUAAAAUAGCUCUGGAAAGCUUAGGCCACUGUGAAUAUGCAAUGAAAGCUGGUUUCCACCUGAAUCCAAAGGCAAUUGAAGCCAGUUUACAGGGCUGCUGCAGCGAGGCUGAGGCACAGCAGACGGGGCGGCGGCAGACCCCGCCGCAGCCCAUGCAGUGUGAGCUUCCCACCGUCCCCGUGCAGAUAGGAUCCCACUUCCUGAAGGGCGUCUCCUUCAACGAAUCAGCCGCCGACAACCUGAAACUUAAGACGCAUACGAUGUUACAGCUGAUCAAGGAGGCGGGCUGCUACAAUGGAAUCACACCCAGGGAUGAUCUUCCUGUGACCGAAGUACUGAACCAGGUGUGCCCGUCCACGUGGCGGGGCGCCUGCAAGACUGCCGUGCAGCUGCUGUUUGGCCAGGCUGGACUGGUGGUAGUUGACACAGCACAGAUUGAAAAUAAAGAAGCCUAUGCCCCCCAGAUCAGUUUAGAGGGCUCCAGAAUUGUGGUUCAAGUCCCGUCCACAUGGUGCCUGAAAGAAGACCCCGCUACCAUGUCCCUGCUGCAGAGAAGCCUCGAUCCUGAGAAGACCCUGGGGCUGGUGGACGUGCUCUACACAGCCGUGCUGGACCUCAGCCGCUGGAGGGCAGGGAGGGAACAAGCUUUACCCUGCAUACAGAUCCAGCUUCAGAGGGAGAUCUGCGAUUUUGGGAAUCAGGCCGACCUGCCUUCUGGGAACGGAAACAAAUCUUCAGGCGGCCUGCAGAAGACCUUCUCCAAACUGACAUCCCGCUUCACCAAGAAAGCUUCAUGCACCAGCUCCAGCAGCACAAAUUAUUCCAUCCCAAAUACCCCUUCCAAAAACCUCUUCGUAGCUGGGUGUUCAGAAGAGAAGGCCAAAAUGCCCAGCAGUAUUGACUCAAGGUUACAAAGCAUUUUGAACAUUGGUAAUUUCCCUAGGACUACAGACCCUUCACAGUCAGCGCAGGGUUCCGGUAACCAGACGGCCAAUGGUUUUCUCCUGGAGAGGCGUGAUGGCUUCCUGCCAGGGGAUGAUGGCAAGGACGAGAAGGGCAUGAACCUACCAACCGAUCAGGAAAUGCAGGAGGUGAUCGAUUUUCUCUCGGGCUUUAACAUGGGCCAGUCACAUCAGGGCUCCCCGUUGGUGACAAGGCGUAAUUCCGCUGCCGCAGCCACAGUGACUGAACAGAAGGCCGGAGCCAUGCAGCCGCCACUGCCAGUGCCCCCUCCUCCACGGCCACCCCCGGCUGGGGCCCACACACCUCUGACCCCCCAGCCGGGCCUGGCGCCCCAGCAGCAGUCCCCGAAGCAGCAGCAACCGCAGGUCCAGUACUACCAACCCCUGCUCCAGCCCAUUGGACCUCAGCAGCCCCCGCCCCAGCCUCGGGCCCCGGGGAAGUGGCUGCACGGCUCAGCCCAGCAGCCAGCCCAGCCUGUCGGAGCAGGUCUGUCUCCUCUUGGCCAGUGGCCUGGCAUAUCUGAUCUCAGUUCUGACUUGUACAGCUUGGGUCUGGUGAGCAGCUAUAUGGAUAAUGUGAUGUCGGAGGUUUUGGGGCAGAAGCCGCAGGGACCUAGAAAUAACACCUGGCCAAACCGUGACCAAAGUGAUGGAGUCUUUGGGAUGUUGGGAGAGAUUCUGCCUUUUGAUCCUGCAGUGGGUUCGGACCCCGAGUUUGCUCGCUAUGUGGCAGGAGUGAGCCAGGCAAUGCAGCAGAAGCGGCAAGUGCAACACGGCCGCCGCCCAGGCCACCCCCGGGGCCACUGGCCCCCCAUGGACGAUGCCCAUCGGACCUGGCCUUUCCCGGAGUUCUUCACAGAAGGGGACGGUCUGCACAGCGGCUGGUCAGGUGCUCAGGGGGACUCCGCCAGUUCAAGUGAUGAGACGUCUUCCGCCAACGGGGACAGCUUGUUCUCCAUGUUUUCAGGGCCUGACCUCGUGGCCGCUGUCAAGCAGAGAAGGAAACACAGCAGUGGAGAGCAGGAGACCAGCACGCUGCCCUCCCCACCUCUUCUUACCGCAGUGGAGGACAUGAACCAGGAUAACAAAACCAAAACGUGGCCACCCAAAGCACCCUGGCAACACCCUUCCCCGCUGCCCAGCACACUGCCUAGCCCGAGCGCACCACUCUACGCAGUUGCCGGCCCUGGCAGCCAGUGGAACGACACCAUGCAGAUGCUGCAGUCACCAGUGUGGGCCGCGAGCAGCGACUGCAGCACCGCCUCCUUCACCUAUGUGCAGACCCCACCACAGCCCCCGCCCCCACCAGCACACAAGGCAGCACCCAAGGGCUUCAAGGCCUUCCCUGGGAAGGCUGAGCGCAGGCCGGCCUACUUGCCCCAGUACUGACCCAGGGCCAGCCUGCCUGCCUGCCUGCCCAGAGCUGUCGGGGCCAGUGUCCCCACCCCAGGGCUGACUAGCUGGCACCAGCCCCCCAGAGGACCAGUGCCCCCCUGUCCCAGGCAGGGAUCCUUGGGCAUGGGGGUAGUUGGCAGCUCCAAGCCUUUAAGGCCUGGCUUCUCAAACUUUUGAGGCAUCAGAGCCCUGAAGGGCCAGCUAGAAACAGGUUUCUGACCCUCAGGGAGAUGCUGGGGGAUCUUUGAGCUUAAAUAGCUCCCCCAGUGGUUCUGAUGCAGGUGGGCCAUAGGCCGCACUUUGAGAAACACGGCUCUCGAGUUUGUAGUCCCACUGUGUGUGUUGGGAAGGCAUCAGGCCUGAAGGCUGAGAGCAAAACUGACCAUUCUUCUGAAACCCUCCCCCUCCCCCUUCUUAACAUGUUGAGUGAUGACCACAUCAAUCACUGUAUUUUAUAGCUAUUUUUCAUAUAGGUUUCUAGUUAAAACAUCUCCCGCCUAAAAAGCAUUGAAUAUUUUAAGAUAACAGAUAUAGAGGCUGGAGGUUUGUUCAACACUAUCUUUAUUUAAGCUUAUACAAAACGGGCAAAAUACAGAAUAUUUGUGAUUGGAAGCAAUCACUGGGGUUUUCUGUGGGUGGGCAGCCCCUCGCCACCCCAAGCAGCACCCAAGGGGUGCAGUCCUGACCGGAUUUACAAAAGCAGGAUCGUAAAACUGAUGUCAGGGGCAUAUUCCUGAUGGUGCAUGGAGAUGAGCCAGCUGGCUGCGUCCGUGUGCAGGAUAAAGUUGCACCUGCUGCCCUCAGAUCCACACGUGGCCAGAGGCUUUGACACAGUCUCCAAACAUGGGGGUGUGGUCAAGAGGCUGCACAGAGACACCUGCACUUGAACUUGCAGUAACAUUUGUGAGCUGGCUCAAGACAAACCAAUUAAGAUGUAGAUAGGAAUUAAUUUAAAGUCUUUUCUUUAAAAAAAAGAACAAAACCACCUCAUUUUCAGUUAACAUGUGCCAUUAAAGAGAUAACAUCCUGUGGAUUUAGGGAUAUUUUCCAGCCAGAAUGGAUCCAGAAGAAUUGAAUGGUGCUUAAAUUGAGAAAUAAUGAUACAUAUAUCUCUAUAGAGUAGACAUCCCACUGUAUAUUAAUCGAGGUUCAGAAGUUCUUUAUAUAAAACUUAUUUAAAUUUUUCAUAUUUCAUCUUUGAAAAAGUCUAAUUGAGAAAAAUCCAUAAUAUUUUCUGGUAUGAAAGUUUGACAGUAUUAAUAUUUUUUUUAUAUUUUCUUAAAUCAUUAAACCAUUUUAAUAUAUAUGUUAACUACUAAUAAAUGGUUUAUUCUUUCUAACUCCAUAUAAGCUUUUCCAGCAGACAUUGUAAUAACACAUUUAUGUUCUCAUUUUUCUACGGAUAUAAGUAAAUUUAUAUUUAAAAAUACCAAAAAGAAAAAAUAUAUAUGUAUAUGUAUGUAUACACACUAAUGAGAGAGGCCCCCUCGGGUGUCUGAGCCCAGCCACCUGACCUUUUAGUACUGUGUUGCCCGGCUGUUUCCAGGCCUCGGGUGUCGUCUUCUGUGCUGUGUGGGGAUGUCGUUGCUGCCUGCACUUACGAUCCUCUCACCGCGGCUUCCGAACGUUCACCUCACCAUGUUUACAGAGAACUCUUUUGUACAUAGACUUCUUCAGGCCCGUGCUUUGCACUGACCCUGCGUGGCUCUUGUCUGUUCGCUGUCCCAGUGUGUGCACUAAUCUGUCCGACGUCUGUGGCUCUUUUCCUUGUAGGAUAGUUCUCUGUUCUCCUUCCGUAACGUGUCCACAGUACCUUGUAUUUCAAGUUCGAUUAUACUGAAGUACUCUUGUUUUCAUAGUGCCUCCCCAAAGACCUCACCCUGGACGGAGGUCAGCCCUUGACGCCCCAGUGCAGGUGACAUUGAUACCGCCACGUUGUCACUCUCCAGUCUGUUUUUCUCGAUUAAGCGGGACAUUUUGUAAUCGCCAUCUCCGUGGGCUGUGAGACUGUGUGAAGCUGUUUGUGUGGUCUCCUCGUAGGUGCUGUGUUCUCGGCACCGCCUUGCUCUGAACACUGGUAAUUCCAGGUGCUGCGCUGGGCAGAGGGGUCUCGCCAAAGCGCAUGUGUGUGCGUGUGUGUGUGUGUGUGUGUCCUUUGCAUGGCCGGGCGUGACUGCCUUGCUCGGGCAUCAGCAGGACAUCGUGUGAAUAGUUAAACGCUUCCAAACUGGAACUCUACAUUUUGUAUCUUCCUUUUAAAGCUCCUAUAAGUAAAAUAACUAUUGGCUUUAUUAAAAAUAUACAUUUAAUAAUA